UAUAAAUCAAACAAUGAUUUAUAUUUUUUAUGAAUGAAAAUGCUAUUGAAUAAAACAAGACCUUACCUAAAAAGUGCAUUUACAAGCAACAAAGCACUAUUCUCUUCGAAACCAACUUCUUCCGAAGUGUUGACGGCGUAUUUAUUGCAGUGCAAUGAACCACCCUGGACUUCUUAUUUUGUAAAGUACAGUUCAGUGAAAGAUGAUCAGUUUGGAAUGUCCAACUUCAACUGGCCAGCCGGCAGCUCCAACUAUGAGAUCCUGAGGACCGGGUGCUUCCCCUACAUCAAGUACCACUGCUCCAGGAAGCCACCUGAAGACCUGCACUUGUCUGAUACAUUUAUGAGGAUCAUCAAAAUUGUUAAUUUUGGAAUCCCAUGUCUACUGUAUGGACUGGCAGCCACCCAACUAAUUAGACACGAAGAGAUUGUACUCACCAAAAAGGGUUCAGUCACAAUAUAUUUUCUAUUACCUGAAGACAAGGGUGCUCGGUUUUGAAGUAUGAGAUGGGUAGUUACAUGGUGUAAGAUAUUA